CGUGUAGCCUCUGAGAGUUGGGAUCUGAAGGAUUUUUAACAUCCCCAGUUUAUGGCUCAGGAGCUGGCAGCGCCUUUUCCAUGAUUCCUGAGAUGAGAGUGACCUGAGAUUUGAGCCCUUGAACUCAAUGGCACACUCAUCCUCCAGCAGCAAUGGAAGUGACACCACAGACUUGAGCUCUGAAUCAAACCCAAGCUUCUCUGUGGGCUAUUUCCCUUGUGAAGACACCUUCUCCUACCAGAACACCUUCUCCCACGAAGACACGUCUUCCAAGAGCCCUUCAAUCCUUGUCCCUCCUAUUCAAGGGUCAUGGAGGACCGAAAGUACAGGCACACUCCUGAGGAGACGAGACCAAAUUCAGGAUGACCCAAAGCAGUUUUGCAAACUAAGCAUCGCCCUGGCCUGGGACGUUGAUGCGGGCUCUAACAAUUCAGACUCCAUAGCUAAUUGGGACAUAAAUGGAGUCAAUUGGUGGAUAGACAAGUGCCCCGAAGAGAAUGCACAACUGACUCUCAGCAAAAUGGACAGUCUUGUGCAAAAGCUUGAGACACUUCUGGGAAAUCAGAAAGCUGAUGAAGAUGAUGACUCUGAAGAUGACUCUGCAUUCCCUGAAUCUGCUCAGGAAGAAGAUUUCCAAUUGUUCAGCAGCUCCCACCCAGACAGAGCUCAGGUCAGUCAUCAAGAACAUGAUACUUGUCGAGACUUGUCUAACCCCUGCCAGCACAGAGGGACCAUUCAGUUUCCACAGACUCCUUCAAGACUUCAGGAACACAAACUUACAGAGAUGAUAAACCAGGCAACUCACAGCCAAAGGACAAGAAGCACUCUAGAGACCUCCUCAGGCUCAUCGGGUCAGCCAGGGACGGAGGAGACUCAUGCCAGCACACCUGCCGUCUCCUGUGUGAACUUGAGGUGGGUCUUCCGCUGGCUGAGGGAGCAAGUCCUCGCCUCACUUCUCAGAAGACAACACCUGGAGAAGGCCACUGAGCACCCCCAUCAGCUGCCACGAAAGAGAAGACUCUCUCACAGAAGCAAGAGAAUCCAACCCCAAGAUUCCCUCGAAUUAGGACUCUCUCUAUCGCCAGAUUCUUUAACUUUCAGAUAGCCUCUAUUCUACAAUCCCCACGAGUUCAUUGUUUUCCAAUAAACACAACACAUGUUCUUAUUA